AGGGGAUGUCACCAGUUCGACAUGUGGAAGGCCUUGCACUGCAUGAAACCCACCGCCUCGAAGUCACGUUCCGCUCGAAAAGACACCGGCUAUCUCAGGUCUAGCUUGUAGGGCCUGGGAUGAAAGUGAAGGGUGCCCGGCAUGGUGGUAGUGGCCCGCAAACUGAAGUAACAAUGUUUAAUAAGAAGUUCUCCUUCCGCAAGAAAAGAGGAGAGAGCCGAGACGAGCCCGACCAUGACCGAAUUUUCCCCAGCGAUCCGAGCGCUGACACGCUGGCGGUGCCUGGUGCAUCGAACUCGACCGAUAUUGCUGCCCCACGACGCGAUUCAUCGCCCAGCUCGAACUCUCUGCGCUCGAGCCUUCUCGAUCGAAAGCGCACCAGUUCCUCAACUUUCAUCUCUCAGACCGUUGGCUAUGGCGAUCGCGAUGGCGACACCGCGGAUAAAGACCCCCUCGGCCUGAAGGUGAUCCACCGACCAAGUAAAGACCGGACGGUCGACAUUGUAUUUGUGCAUGGCCUUGGUGGUAGUAGCCGGAGGACAUGGAGCAAGGACCAUAACCUUGAUUUCUUCUGGCCGCUGAAGUUCCUGCCAUUCGAGCCAGGCAUCAGCGAAGCGCGAAUCUCCACCUUCGGAUACAAUUCCAACUUUCGAUCCGGGAGUCGGAGAAACAAGAUGUCGCUGCUAGAUUUCGCCAAGAAUCUCCUUUUCGAUCUAAAGUAUGCCCAAGAUGAUUCUAUGGGACAGCUGGAGGAUCUUGGGAUGGGGGAGAGGCCCAUCGUCUUCGUGGUACAUUCAAUGGGCGGUUUGAUCGUUAAAGAAGCGUAUAUGCAAGGCCAGAACGACCCAAAGUACGAGGCCAUCAUCAAAUCGGUCUCCGCAAUCGUUUUUCUCUCGACUCCCCACCGGGGAACCAACCUGGCCGAGACUUUGAACCGCAUUCUACAAGUCUCUUUCGUGUCCAACCCCAUGCAAUACAUCGCGGAGCUGGCCGCGGGCUCGCAGACGUUACAGAAGCUCAAUGAACAGUUUCGACAUAUAGCUCCCAAGCUGGAGAUUGUCAGUUUCUACGAGACCCGGCCGACGACAGUUUUCUCCAAGACCCAGAUUAUGGUUCUGGAAAAGGAUUCGGCAGUGCUCGGAUAUCCGGGCGAAGUCUCAAUGCCACUCGACGCAGACCAUCAUGGUGUGUGCAAAUACGCAAGCCGAGUUGACCCUCGCUAUGUCACUGUUCGAAAUGUACUGAAGAACCUUAUCAGAAAGGGCAUGCCUUCAGACCAAUCCCAAACAACCACAGGUAAAACCUCAAAAUCAACCUUUGAACAGCUUCUCUCUGUUCCCGAGUCCCCAGAAAGAGACUAUAGCGUCUUCCGUGACCGUUGGACGCCAGGAACCUGUUCUUGGAUCCUCGACCACCCCGCUUUCGUCGAGUGGCUAGAAGACACUCAAUCAGAUCCCAGAGUCUUAUGGAUCCAAGGGAAUGCAGCGAGUGGGAAGUCGGUCCUUUCUUCCUUUGUUAUCGACCACCUCGUCCAACUUGGACUCCCGUGCCAGUACUUCUUUGUCCGCUUCGAGGAUAAGAAAAAACGAGCGCUCAACACAAUCCUCCGUUCGUUGGCCUGCCAGCUUGCCAACACAACACCUGCAUACGCACACCAACUCCGCCAACUUGAAACGGCCGGCGCUGACCUUAAGAGCCAAGAUUACCGGAAUCUCUGGCAGUGGCUGUAUAAGCAGAGUUUAUUCCACCUACCUGUCAGCUACCCAAUUUUCUGGGUUCUCGACGGCAUUGACGAAUCCGACAGUCCCCGUUCUCUGCUCAACCUUCUUUCUGAGCUCCGCUCCAUCAACAUCCCCAUCCGAAUUCUAAUCGUGAGUCGAAAGACGCACGACAUCGCCAUGUCCUUCCAGCAACUAAGUGACCAGUUGAAAAUCGAAACAGUCACCACCGAAGGAAACCACGAUGACUUUCACCGGUAUAUCAGCCGGGAGAUGCACCUGGCCGGCGACAAUUCCUACAGAGAGGGCAUCAUUGCCGAGGUCCUCAAGCGGGCACAGGGCAAUUUCCUCUGGGUGCAUCUCGCAGUUCAGAGGAUUAAUAAGUGUCAUACAAAAGUGGAUGUAAGCAACGCGUUGAACGACCUUCCUCCAGGGAUGGAAGCACUGUACAACCGCAUGGCCAACUCCGUCCAGACCGAGCCGCAUAGCGACAAUCCCACCCUCGGCGAAAGGAUUCUGGGCUGGGCGACCUACGUCCAGCGCCCACUCAGCGUCGAAGAGCUCAGCGACGCGUUGGACGACGACGGCGUCCUAGAAAUCCACCGGACAAUCGGGGACCUUUGCGGAGGGUUUGUGGUUGUAGAUCAUGAGGGAAAAGUCGCCCUGAUCCACGAGACGGCUCGAGAGUACCUGUCUCGGGGAAACCAGCAAGGUGUCCCGUUGGUCAUGGAACCGAAGCUUAUACACAACAAGCUGUUCACUAGAUGCAUCACGCGCUUAAUGGACAAGACACUCCGAGCCCACAUCAACCAGGACCGGCAGCCGGCGUUGCUGGACUACGCGACGAGCGCCUGGGUCUUUCAUCUUUCUCACGGCUCGGCCACCAGUCGCGAGAACCUGGAAAUCCUGAUGAAGUUCUUCCAGGGCCCGCCGGUCCUCACAUGGAUCCAGGCAGCUGCCAGAGGGAAACAGCUCAGGUCGCUGGUGACAGCAUCUCGUCGCCUGACUGACAUUGUCGAGCGGCUGCGGCGAUUCAACGACGAGGAAUCCUUGCUCCACCGCCAGGCGAUAGAAACCCUCACACGCUGGGCCACGGACCUCGUUAAGCUCGUCGGAAAAUUCGGGACCUCCCUGCUCCAGAAGCCAGACGCGAUCUACAAACUGAUCCCGCCCUUCUGCCCGGAGGACUCGGCCAUCUACCAGCAAUUCGGCCUCAAGGAGAGCAAGGCGCUGCGCAUCUCGGGGCUCACCAGGGGCACCUGGGACGACUGCCUCGCGCGCCUGUCCCUCGAGCCCGGCGCCGUCGCAUCCGCCGUGCACGCAUCGGGGAGCCGCAUCGCCGUCCUGGCCAACCGGCAGAAGGUGGGCCACAUCUUCGUGUACAACUCGGUCACCUGGGAGGAGGAGCGGCGCAUCGCGCACCCGGAACGUGUGUCCAGGAUCCGGGUCGACGCCGCGGGCGCCACGCUGGUGAGCUACGGGUACAAGACUACCAAGCUGUGGAGCCUGUCCUCGGGGGAGUGCGUCAAGACGGUGGCGAAUCCUGCGGGCCGGCCUAGGCCGCACAGCAUCGUCUUCCUCGAGAAGAACAAGACGGUGCUGAUCGGGAGUGAGGACCGGUGCGCCAGGUCUGUCAAGGUUGACGGCGACUCGACUGAGUGGGAGACCAGGGCGCGGAUCGAGGAGGAAGCCCCGGAAUAUGGCGUGCUUAACGCGCCAACGUGCUCGGCUCUCAGCCCCGAUGGGGAGAUGAUUGCGUUUGGAUAUCGCGGGCAUCCCGUCACGGUAUGGCAGCUGGGGUCCGAGGAACUCGUCGGGCGAUGCAACAUGACUCCGGAUGGGACGGCUGUCACGAAUCAGGAGAACACGUUUGGGGAGAUCACGCAACUUACCUGGCACCCAUUCAGCGGGGAGGUCCUCGGUCUGCAUCGCGAAGGGCUGCUGUUCAAAUGGGACCCGUACGACGACGAAGCUAGUGCAAAGGUUCAGGCAGGAGCGCACUUUCUGGCAGUGUCCCUGGACGGGUCACUCGUCGCGACAGGAGAUACCCGCGGAACCGUCAAAGUCUACACGACUGCCGACUUCUCGCUGCUUUAUCAGUUGUCGUCCCCGGAUCCCGUUCUCGAUAUCGCAUUCAGCACUGAUUCCAGGCGCCUGUACGAUACACGGGGUGCAUACGGGAAUGUCUGGGAACCCAAUGCUCUGGUCCGUCUGGCCGAGAGUUCCGAGCUCACCGACCAUAGCAGCGAUGCCUGGGGCGAAAACGACAGUCUCGCGAAACAGUCCCCCCAGACCGCGCAACACUUCCCCGGAGUCGACAACGUCGUUGCAAUUUCGGGGCAACCCAACGGGCCGCUCUAUUGCUACGGCACAGAAGACGGCGUUGCAGUGCUGGGCGAAGUCGGGCGCGGUACAGUGGCCGAGCUGGGGAGAUCGGCGAGUUUCAUGUCCGUCGAGCACAUGGCAUGGAGCGAGGACGGGAAGCUCGUGGCACUUGCAGAUCUGAGCCGCAGGAUCGCCGUCAUGAGUAUCGCGAAGACAGACCAAGCCGGACCCACGUGGCGGGUCAACCACGACUUCCAUCUAACCCUCCCCUCACAGGACGGCUUCACCCAGCUUCUCUUCCAGCCCAACGGCCAUAGGUUAUUGGCUGUAUCUCCCACCGCACUAUUCGUUGUCGAUAUCGAAUCUCGCGCCGUCCAGGUAUCGAAAAUCCCUGAUGGAGCGCCGAGGAUGAGAUUCAUGUGCCAUCCGACGAAGCCCGAUUACCUUCUAGCCUUUGGAAAUACCAAGGGCCAUGUCUUGACUUGGGAUGGCCUCCGGCAGGUGGCCAAGCACACUUACUUCCCCCCUCGACUCAACAGAGUCGCAACCUUAUCCGCAAGUUCUCCCUCGUACAGACCGGGGAGCUCCGGGCCCGCCGAAGAGACGCUGGGUCGACUCAUCUCGUGUCCCGGCUCUCCCGACAUCCUGCUGGAAGUCUCGCGGCUCGCCGAUACGGGACGACCCGGGAGACAGUAUCUGCUCUUCGAGGCCGACGACAUCGAGCUGGACCCCGAGAAGAAUCACGGCGCGACCGACGAGACAGGGGCCGCGGAGAGCUGCAACAACUUGCCAUAUACAACCUUGUCCGCGGAGAUUGCGUGUCGCAUACGGGAGCCACUGGCCAUCCUGUCUCGCAGGAGGCUCGUAUUCCUGGAUGUCGACCGGUGGAUUUGUACGUGGCGCAUAUCCGCUCUGCCGCAAGCACCGGGGCGGCCGUCGGGCGGGAGGGGAUCGGAGUCGGGUUCCAGGGGAAUAGAGGCCCAUUACUUCCUCCCCGGCGAUUGGGUCACUGCUAAUGAGGCACCUCUCUGUACCGUCAUGCCCGAUGGGACUUUACUCUGCACCAGGAAUGGUGAGGUGGGCGCCGUUCAGUGUGCCAAAAUUCGGAGAUAGAGCGACGCCUUAUAUAGCGGUAUCCGUAGUUGUGAGGAAAAAAAGAACAGGAAAAGUGGGAAAGGAAUGCAGGUUGAGAGGCGCGAGGACGGGAAAAAAAAAAUGACAAAAAAUAAUAGCA